AUGUCCGCGCUCGGUUUGCGCUCGAACGCGAUCCCGGUGAGCUCGGACGCGUCGAUCGCGAUCGACUUCUGGGCACCGAGCGCGUCGCGAAACAUUCGCGCGUACUUUCUCACGCACGCCCACGCCGAUCACGUCGUCGGGUUGGGGGCGCGACGGUGGUCCCCGGAGACGUUGGGGGCGCGGAUUUACUGCGAUGAGAUCACGCGGGAGAUUUUGGUGAGCAAGUGGCCGACGCUGGGGAGACACGUCAAGGCGUUGGAGCGCAAUCGAGGACACGGCGUGCGGUUGACGCGAGAGACGACGAUCGAGGUGACGCUGAUCGACGCUGGACACUGUCCGGGAAGCGUGGUGGUUUGUGUGGAGGGGCCGAACGGGCGGUUGGUGCACACGGGGGAUUUUAGGAGGGAGGAUUGGAUCGCGCGCGAAGCGUUGCCGAGAGCGAUGACCAGGGCGCCGGUUGAUUAUUUGUUCUUGGAUAACACGUACUGUCAUCCGAAGCACGCGUUUCCGGGAAGGGCUGAGGCGACGGAGGAUAUCGUGCGGUUCUGUGUGUCGAAUCCGGGACGGGCCAUCGUACUCGGCAUCGAUUCGCUCGGGAAGGAGGAUUUAGUCAUCGCGGUGAGCGAAGCCAUCGGCGCUCCGGUGGAGAUUCCGGACGAGCGCUUCUUACCAUCGUCCUACACUCGGUUUUUGACGGGGCAUCGCGCGUGCGAGCGAGAAAACUUCAUCCGCCGGUCGAUGAACGAGUCGCUAGAUGUGACGCGACGGACCCACGUGCGGUGCGUACCGAAGCAGCACGUGCGUCCGUCGACCUUGCGCGCGCUCGUCAAGGGAUUGAGGCACGACGACGCGCCGCCUCUGGCCAUUCUUCCGACCGGUUGGAGCGCUAUCGAGCGGCAGCGCGGCGAGGGCGCCGGUGUGAGCGGUCCGAGUGAACACGAUCCGAUCGAUUCGGUCGUUGAGUUCGACGACGAAGCCGGGCGUAUCGUCGCCGUGCCGUAUUCUCUGCACGCGCCGUACGACGAACUUGAAGCCUUCGUGCGGGCGCUCAGACCGGCGUGCGUCUUCGGAAAUACGCGCGUGGAUGCGGACGCGGAGGCGCCGCGCGACCCAGCGGUUUGGUUCGAGUCGUUGUGCAGUCAAAAAGACACGCAACUCAAACUCGCGGCGUAUCAGGAAGACCUCGAGCGCGCCAUGCACCUGGACGAACCGAUCGGCGACGUCGUCAUCGAGGACGCCGUCCUAAAGUCUCGCGUGAACAUCGACGACGUCACGGUGAUCGCACCGCAUGUACCAGAGAAGCCGGCCGUGCGAUUAGUCGCCGCGGAGUGCGGGAUGUACUUCGAGCCGCCCAGAAAAAUGACGUGGCGCGACCGAGAAGCCGCCCGAGCGGCGGAAUUUUUCGCCUCGGCGCAGAGGGUGCUCGGAAUCAUCACCCCGACGAUGAAGACGUCGAAACGAAAGCUCGUCGCGGCGAACGACGAGAACGCGGUAAACGACUGGAAAACUAUGAAGAAACGAGGCUUUGUUCCGCCGUUUAUGCAGCAGAAUUGA